UACAGUUAGUUACAGUUAGUUACAGUUAGUUAGCAGUUAGUACAGUUAGUUAGCAGUUAGUACAGUUAGUACAGUUAGUACAGUUAGUUAGCAGUUAGUACAGUUAGUACAGUUAGUACAGUUAUCUAAACACAGCGUCUGUAGCCGGACUAGAAGUCAACAAUGCCCGCAGAUUUGAGCCAGUGGUCCGGUCCUCUCGCCCUGCCGGAGGUGGAUGAGAAGCCUGCCCAGCCUCUGACUGUUAAAUACGGCUCUGUGGAGGUCGACGAGCUCGGCAAAGUGCUGACACCAACACAGGUGCAGAAUAGACCCACCUGCAUCGAGUGGAAAGGAUGUGACUCCAGUAAGAUGUACACUCUGGCCCUGACAGACCCCGACGCUCCCAGCAGGAAAGACCCCAAAUUCAGGGAGUGGCACCACUUUCUGGUGGUCAACAUGAAAGGAAAUGAUGUGUCCUCUGGCCGCGUGAUGUCGGACUACGUGGGCUCUGGUCCUCCCAAGGGCACAGGUCUCCACAGGUACGUGUGGCUGGUGUACGAGCAGCCAGGCAGCCUGUCCUGCACCGAGACCGUCCUCACCAACCGGUCCGGAGACAGCCGCGGCAAGUUCAAGAUCCAGAGCUUCAGGCAGAAAUACAACCUGGGAGCCCCGGUGGCGGGAACCUGCUAUCAGGCCGAGUGGGACGACUACGUCCCCAAACUGUACGAGCAGCUGGCUGGAAAAUAAAUGAAAAAAAUACUUUAAUCAAGCAAGUUCAGCACUACGAAUUCCCACUGAUCGAGGCUGAUUGUCUGUAGGAAGUUCCCGUUCUUGCAAGAAGCAAAAAAAAACAACAGUAACAAAGCAUUUUUUUGUGAGUGUGCCAAUGAACAUAGUAUUUCUUUCCCCACUGUUGCCUACAGAAAUAACUGCUCCUCUCAGUGAUGUCACCUGCACUCAUCUGCAAUAAAUCUGUUCAACACUGAAA